AUGACAAUGAACCUCUGGAUCGAAGCCGAUCGCGGACGCGCCGACCCGACGAUCACGGUUGUGCUGGCUCGUCCAAACAACCAGCGCAAUCACACAACCCUCCUCGGCGCCGCUGCAGCAUCCGCAUCAAGCUCUUCCGCAUCUGCUGAAAACCCCAAACCCGUAGCGUCACCCUGGACGCUUCGCAAUCUCCGUGAGCUCUCCCAAAACCCGUCUCGUAUUUAUUCUUCGUCUGCAGGCCGCAGAUACAAGCCCGUCGACCGCAAACACCGCCCUGUACCCACCUACUAUCCUAAUCCAACUGCGCAACAGUUCAAGCCCCUCCCGAUACCCGAGCUCCAACCGCUCACGCACUUCCCGCCUCCUCGUGCCGACUUUCCUUAUACCGACCGCAUUACGCCUGAACGCCUCGACAUGCUUCUAUCGAAGGUGGCACCCGACUUCCUUUCCGACCAAGAGCUGGAUCUAGUGGCGCUCGUAGUCAGCCAUCACCAACGGGCCUUCGCGUUCGAGUACGCGGAGAAAGGUACGUUCUCCCGUGAGUACUUCCCCGAGUACGAAAUCGCCACGAUAGAGCACACCCCAUGGCAACAAGCGCCCAUACGAGUCCCCAAGGCCUUGGAGAAUGCGGUGCGCACGGAGAUUCUAGACCAGGAAGCUAACGGCCGUUUCGAGAUGACCACUUCUAGCUACCGCAGCGCGAUCUUCGCCGUGGAGAAGAAGAACAAGGGUGUACGCCUCGUUUUAGACUUGCAGCGCCUCAACGGUGUCACUAUCCGUGAUGCUGGCCUCCCGCCUCGCAUGGACGACUUCGCUGAGAGCUUUGUGGGCUAUGCCAUCUACGCCGUACUCGACUUGUACUCUGGCUUCGACGCGGUACCUCUAGCGGCACGGUCACGUCCCAUGACCGCCUUCCACUCCAUCAUCGGACCGCGCCAGCAAACGACCCUGCCUCAAGGUGCCACCAACUCGCCUACUGCUUUUCAACAGCGGAUGGAGCACACACUCAUCCGCAUGAGCUCAGCGGACAAGGCAAGGCCGUUCUUCGACGAUUGCGGUGUCAAGGGUCCACGGACCACCUACAACAACGAAUCGCUCGCGGACAACCCCAACAUACGGCGGUUCGUGUUCGAGUUCUGCGAGACUCUCGCAGAAUUCCUCGCUACGUUGAUUCUGGCCGGUGUAACCGCUUCGGGUAUGAAGUCUACGCUCGCUACACCACUCCUGGAUAUCGUCGGAACCCUUGUCUCUCUUUCCGGCUGGCAACUCCACCAUGGCAUCGUCAACAAGGUUCUGAAAUGGUCAGAGCCCGCUGAUCGCUCUGAGCUACGCGGCUUCCUCGGAACAACAGGAUGUGGACGCCGCUGGAUCCGCAACUAUUCCCUCGUCGCAAAGCCACUCACGAUCCUUUUACGCGGUAACGAGGCUGACUACUUCUUCGGCGACGAUGCGCGCGCGGCCAUGCUCAAGCUUAAGAAACUCGUCACACAUGCUCCCGUACUGGUGCGUAUUGAUUAUGAACUUGCCGCCACUCACAGCCGUCUAGAUCGCCCUUCCGAGCAUGGUCUGAUCAUUGUAGCGGUUGAUGCAUCUCUCUACGGUGCGGGAUGGGUCUUAUAUCAAGUUCUCAUCAAGCCUCCGCUCGACACCGUCAUUACCGGCACCACGUCGUCUGCUCCCAAGCAGGCUCGCGAGCGCAUCGAACGCCACCCGGCUAUCUUUGGCAGCCGUACAUUCAACGCAGUCGAAGCACGUUACUCACAACCCAAGUGCGAGCUUUACGGCGUCUUCCGGGCUGUCAAGGACCUCCGCCACCGCAUCUAUGGUGUCUUUUUCAUGCUUGAAGUAGACGCUAAGUCCCUGAUCGAGAUGCUGCGUCGACCAGACCUACCAGGCGCAUCGGAGACCCGCUGGAUAUCCUACAUCCAGACCUUCGAUUUCGAUGUUCGCCACGUACCUGCGAGUGCUCAUGAAGCUCAAGAUGGCCUCUCCCGCCGUCGGCCAGCGCCUGAUGACAGUUCCGAGUCGGAAGGUGAUCAAGAUGCCUUUAUCGAUCAUGUUCUCGACGCCCUGUACGCCCGUCAUGAGUCCGACUGGAGCGUGUCCUCUGCGGUUCAGGCCGAUCGGUACCCCUCGGCCUAUGGCUCUUAUCAGUGCGUCGUCCCGCCGCCGCUCUUCUGCUCACCUCUACCGCAUCAGGUCAUCCCGGCUUCUCUCUUCCAGCCCCUCUUCGCCAGCUUUGUUGCACGAGGACGUGCCGCCGCUACCGCUUCUCCAUCCCGUCUCGCUAUGGACCCCGACAAGCUGCGCCCGCAUGAACUCCUACCUCGCACUGGGCUCCCGAUGCCGGGCGAUGCCCGUAUUGAGCGCAUAGACGACUUCGACUUUUCUCCGGGCACGCUACUCACAUACACGCUCUCGCGAGCUACGGACGACCGCCUCUACAAGCCCGAACUCAAGUUCACGCGCAAGGUCAGCAACGGACCGUCUGUGGACCCGCCCAGCUGCCCCGAUCAUCAUUGUGGCCCUUCGGUCUCAGGCUGCGGCGACAUCUCCGCGGUCUUCAACGUCAGACACGCUGCCAUCGAAUGGGCGCCGGACUACUCGUAUUAUUCCACGGACGACUAUCUCUCAUCGGCCUUCCAACGCGAGCAAGAGGAUCCCUUGGACGAUGAGCUACCCCGUCUCUACACCCUGUAUAUGGACCUCGACGAGCGCAACGAUGUUCUAGGUGCGCCGCCGGGUUUCUUUUCCUCUACCCAAGCCUACGAUCAUCCGUUCUAUGACGCGAUGCGCGCACGCGGGGAAGAACCGGCGCUAUUUGAGUUCUGCCCCGCUCUUCCAAUGCCGGUUCUGCUCAAUCCCGUAUUCGAGAACCGUGGCGCUAAUACGCGUGGCUUCAUAUCGUGCAUCG